UCGGCGCCUUCCCGGGAGCGAAGCAGGAGCUCGCGCCCUGCGUGUCCCCCGGAUUCCCGUCUGCGGACCCCUGGCUCUUCCUCGGUGUGGGCGCGGGGGCCACCCCGACCCCGAGGAGAGCCAGGCCCAGAGCGUCGCCGAGAUUUGGGGGACCCCGGAGAUCGAGGGCCUGGCGCCCGCAGGAACCGCUCCAAAACGGGACCCCGGCCCGGGGGCGGCUGGAACAUGUGCCGGGGUAUACAGUUUGUUUGACAGUUGCCAGACUAUGUUUGCACUUCUGGUUCUACUCAGCCCUCUGCCCAUGGUUACGUUCGCGUUUCCUGAUUGCACAAGAACUCCGGAGGAUUCUAAGCAUGCGGGAGAAGAAGUCUUUACAUCAAAAGAAGAAGCAAACUUUUUCAUACAUAGACACCUCCUAUAUAAUAGAUUUGAUUUGGAGCUCUUCACUCCUGGUGACCUAGAAAGAGAAUGCAUUGAAGAACUUUGUAAUUAUGAAGAAGCCAGAGAGAUUUUUGUGGAUGAAGAUAAAACGACCGCAUUUUGGCAGGACUAUUCAAUAAAAGGACCAACUACAAAAUCAGAUGGUAACAGAGAGAAAAUUGACGUUAUGGGCCUUCUUACUGGAUUAAUUGCUGCUGGAGUAUUUUUGGUUAUUUUUGGAUUACUUGGUUACUAUCUUUGUAUCACUAAGUGUAAUAGGCAACGACAUCCAGGCUCUUCAGCCGUCUACGUAAGAAGGGGUAGGCACACUCCCUCCAUCAUUUUUAGAAGACCUGAGGAGGCUGUCUUGUCUCCAUCGUCACCUUCUGUGGAAGACACAGGAUUACCUUCUUAUGAACAAGCAGUGGCACUGACAAGAAAACACAAUGUUUCCCCACCACCACCAUAUCCUGGGCCAGCAAAAGGAUUUCGGGUAUUUAAAAAAUCUAUGUCUCUCCCAUCUCACUAAGUCCACCUUGCCAUCUUGGUAUAAGAAAUGCAUGUUAUUUAAAUGGUUUGUUCUCCCUGAAUGAAAAAAGACAUAUGUAUUCAGCUCUUUGUGAUAAACUACAAGGAAUAAAGGAGGAAUGAGCACAUUCCUGGUGCUCAUUCUGUGGUGUACUGCACCACAGAUGUUAUGUCUGCAACUUGGACCUGAACUUGAUCAUUAUCAGCUUGAUAAGAGACUUUGACUCCAUAUUCUUGCAGAUAAGAAGAAAGCACUUUUUUAUGUUUUCAUGGUUCAAAAAAAAAAAAAAUCUUUGUUAUAGAUAGCACAGUUAAAACUA